GUCCACCUGGAGGCUUCAAACAAUACAUGCACCUUCCCACGCGCCAUCCGGCGUUUGCACUCACUCUCCCUGUUUAUUCCAACUUUGGUUUCCGGCCCAGCGGUCCACUCUUCUCGUAUGUACGCGUCUUCGACGCGGGGAAUUCCCCGCCACCUCACCUUCGGCCCCACCGCCAGCGAAUCAUAGACGUAACCGCGUCACACCCUAGCCUAACUUCCCCAACAAACAAAAUCAAAAACCGCCUUUGCUAAUCUCGCCCGUUGAAAUUAAUUCGUUCUUCGCUUGUGUAUAAAUAUAGCGCGUCGCAGCUUAUCGUAACCCCACCGGCCCGGCAUAAACCCUCCCCUCUCUCUCUCUCUAUCUUCAGCCUAACCUUGUGGUGGAGUUUUUUCUCCGACCGAUCUUUUCCUUCGACCACCGUAUAAAUCCAGCGAAAGCCCACGUUCGUACUCUCUGUCUCUUUUCCUCUGCGGAUCCGAUCCUUCUUCUCUCUCUUUUUUCUCCGAAGGCAGCCUUCAGAACAAGGAGACAGACAGGCAUGAGUUAUUACCAGCAGCCUCCCGUCGGUGUCCCUCCCCAACAAGGUUAUGGUAAGGACGCUUAUCCGCCGCCGGGGUACCCUCCACAAGGGUACCCGCCGCAAGGAUACCCGGCCCCGGGGUACGCUCCCCCUCCCCAGUAUGCCCCUCCUCCCCCUCAACAGAAACAUAGCUCCGGCGUUCUUGAAGGCUGUUUGGCUGCGCUGUGCUGUUGCUGCCUCCUGGAUGCCUGCUUCUGACGAGAAACCUAAGAAGCCAUUAUUCAAAUGAAGUUGGAUGGAUCGGACGGCGUACAGAAUUCGAAACCCAGCCUCUUUGCUCUUCUUCCUUUUCAAUCCUUUAUAUUUUCAUAUAUAUAUUUUCUUUUUUGGCUGGGUGAAUUUUAGGGGUUUAUUUUUACAUAAUAAUUGAUACUUUUAAAUGUACCUUGAUAUUGGCUGUUGCGGCGGUGGGUUUGGAAUUGAAAUUGCAUGGAUUUCCUUUAGGUUUGUAAA